AUGCAUAAAGUAAUCUCUGAUGAACAACGAAAACAACUCAAUAUUAGUUCUGAUGAAACCGUCUGUUAUCGUCAUGUUUAUAUCAAAUGCGGUCAGCUUAUACUUUCAAUGGCUGAUAAUUGGUAUGUUCCAAGCCGAUUAACAGAUGAAAUGAAUAAUCUUUUGAAUACAACGAAUAUUCCAUUUGGCAAAAUUGUCGCACCUCUUCGUUUUCGUCGUCAUACGUUGACAUCUCAACUGCUCUGGGAACCAUUGACCGACGACUGGGAAAUGAAGUCAUUUGCAUCGUUGCAUACUAUGUAUGAUGGCAAUAAAUGUUUAAUAUUUCCGUAUAAGAUACUUGAACAUAAGGCCAUACUUUACACAGAUGAUAUACCUUUCUCACUUGUCACCGAAACCUAUACUCGCGAAUUAUUUGACUUACCAGAUAAACGUUUAAAUUCAAAAGAAGCAUGGGUACACGAUUAG